AAUACACGAUUUCCAGUAAUUUGAACGUUGCACUAACGUUGUUUCGAGGUAUAACAAGGAUCAUGGCUUCUAAAGAUAUCGAUAAGCUGACCCAAAAACUAGCGGGUACAACUGUUGAAGGAUCAGAGAUUACUGUUUCCUUUUAUAAACGUCAAAUGAAGCUUGAUACCGAAGACAGCGCUGAAGAGAUUUUGAAUGAAUUGAAUAAAAAUCCGGAUGUAACUGUCUUAAACUUGGAAGGUAAUACUAUGGGGAUUCCUGCAGCGAAAGUAAUAGGAAAGCAACUUGAAAAACAUCCAAAACUAGAGAGACUACUUGCUGCUGACAUGUUCACCGGAAGACUAAAAUCUGAAAUUCCAGAAUGUCUUAUUGCCCUAGCAGAUGGCAUGACUAAGGCAGGUGUUAAAUUGACUGAACUUGACUUGAGUGACAACGCAUUUGGACCCAACGGAAUGAAAGGAUUAGUUAAAUUUCUUUCCAGCGAAUCAUGCUAUUCUUUGAAAGUCUUAAAAUUACAUAACAAUGGACUUGGACCCACUGGUGGCAAAAUGUUGGCUUCUGCAUUAAAUAACUGCUAUCAAGCUAGUAAAGCCACCGGAAAGCCGUUGAGCAUAACUACUUUUAUAUCCGGUAGAGGACGACUUGAAAAUGAAGGGUCGAAGGCAUUAUCGAAAGUAUUUACUGAAAUGAAAAGCUUAGAGCAUGUAGAGAUGCCCCAAAAUGGAAUCAACUUUGAGGGAAUAUCGGCUCUAGCCGAAGCUUUUAGUCACAAUACCAAUUUAAGAUAUCUAAACUUAAAUGACAAUACUUUUACAGAAGUCGGAGCACAAGCGAUGGCUAAAUAUGCAUUACCAAAAUUAAAAAAUUUAGAGGUACUAAAUUUUGGUGACUGCUUAAUCAGAAGUGGUGGAGGUAAAGCUAUAGCAUCUGCUCUUAGGGAGGGAAAAUUUGAAAAACUAAAAACCGUUCACCUAUCUUACGAUGAACUGGAUUUGGCAGCUGGAAUUGCAGUUAUUUCUGCUAUACUAAAUAAAGAUCUUGAUCAUCUGGAUUUGGACGGCAACAUGUUUGGCGAAAAAGGUUGUGAUAAAUUACAAGAAAUUAUGACUAAAGCUAAUAAGGGUGAUGUACUUGUGCCGUUCGAUAAUGAUGAAGAUCGAAGUGAUGGAGAGGACGAUUGCGAAAGUGAAAAAGUAAACGAUCCAAAUCUUCAAGUAACUGGAACGGGAUUGACUCCUAGAUCAAGCUAUGAAGUUAAGGAUAUUUUAUUAUUUCCAUCUCCAACCAAACUGAAAAAUGCUAAGGCACCCGAAGUUUUCGUUAAAGAGCUAGGAGAAAAGAAGAAUGAUAUCAAUUAUGCUAUCAAACAUUUGGUAAAUGUUUGCAGCAUUGUUGAUUCGACGGAUGAGAGUGUUACUAAGAAUGCGAACAUUUGCGCUGAUGAGAUAUUUAAGAGUUUAUUCGGCGAUGCAUCAUCAAACGAAAAAAACAUUGAAAUUACGUCAAGUAUACUUAUUCACUUAGGUCUAUUGAAGGUACAAGCCUGAAUGCAUUCAUUAAAUUCUUAAAAAAACAAUGUAAGGACUGUUUUUUUGUUUAUAUUUUCAAGGGAGAAGAAAAGAUUCAAUUACCGAGAGAAAUAUCAGGGUUUCUGAUUGUUUUAGAGCAUGUUAUUAAACAAAAAUACUUUCCGAGGAGUUGUUUACAAAUUUUACAAGUUUUCUUAACAAGACCGAACAAAAAACUUGAUUCUACUGGUAACGCUCGGCACAAACUUCUACAAACCCUAUACAAUCUCUAGGCAGCAAAAAGUUUUCCAUUAUUUUUUUUAAACCUCUUUUUUUGGACUAUAGUACACUUUGUAAAUGUUAAGAUGAAAGAAAAGAAACUACCUUGUUGCAUUUUUUUUAGGCUGAUUUAAAUCUAUGCUUUAUGUACAUUUCAAUAAAUUAUAUAUGGUAUUGUGUAUAAAGAAAGAAAGAAAGAAAGGGUAAUAACAAAAUAAAACUGCUUGUCAGUAUGAUGAAAAAGAAACUAUCAUUUUAAAUAUAAGCAUGUAUUUUAACUUUUUUUGAGCAUUGUAUACCUUAAAAAAAAGCUUUACCAGUAAUUAAAGUUGCCUAAAAAUAACGUUUUCCUCAAAUUGGGCUAAACCGGUAGACAAUUAGGUAUAUUUUCUUAAUAAUCAUCCAACACUUAGGUCACCGACCGAAGGUAUACUUUUUAAUUAUGGUUUUCUUUAUACUUU